AUGUCAGAUCCAUUCCCAUUUCUUGAGUUACCAGUUGUCAAUGUUCGAGGUGUUCUCGAAUUUUUGGAUGUGUCCGAUUUACUCAAACUAUCGAGUUGUGAUAAGUUGAUUCAAAAUGAAGCUAAAAGCAUGAAUCAAAUAAAAUCGUUCUCCAGUUUGAAGAUUUCUCAGAAAGAGCAAAUGAGUGCAGACGAAGUAUUCGAGCUACUUCAACUACAGUUGCUCAAUGAGUUCAACAAAUUUCACCGUAUGAAUAUAAUAUCUUUCGGCUUGAAAUUCUCUACUGAUAUAGGAAUUGAAAUUGUUCUGAAGGACGAAAAUACUCUGAAAUGGAACAUUUAUGUGGAAUUCAUUGGUGAAAUGGAUAACUACAAUGGAGUGCGAACUACUGUAGAAGUCGAAGAUCGAAGGGUUCCGGGAAUUCUGAUAAGCAAAAAGAAUUUGUAUACUUUUUGGAAUGAUCGAAUAUCCGGAUUGAAGACUUUAGUGGCGUGGAUGAUUAGAACAUAUCACAUUCGUUUCGAUACCUUUCAUUUGAUUUUUGGGACCCAAUCGGAAUACUCUGAAGAAUUGAAAUCUAUUGUGAAUUUCGUGAAUUAUCGACAAAAUUCGUAUAAUAAUUUGAUCAUUGAUGAGAAAGAAGGACUGAUCGACGACAAAGAUAUCAAGUUCGUUAUGUACAAUGUGAACGCAUUCCGUAAAUAUACUCAUCUGGGGCCUCGUUCCGAUCGGAGACUCUACUAUUUCCCGUUUCGAACUGAAAGUAUACUGAUUAGUCACGCGCAUUGGUUCACUUGGGAACAAUUGUUCUUCUCGCAUUGUGCUACAAUAAAUAUUGUGGAUUCGCCGAUUCGUAAUGAAGAGUUGAAAGGUUUCGUUUCGCUUUGGUUGGAUGGAUAUUUUCCGAGAUUGAAACAUCUGACAGUCAAAACUAAAAAUAUUAUGGUUUUGAUUAUAUUGUUCGGUAAUGGUAUCAGAAGAGGAUAUAUUCGCAAUGGAGUUUAUAUGUCAAGCAACAAUAAACUCAUCCCGAUUCCAGUUGGAGUUAUUAUUGAAAACCAGACAGCAACUCGUGCAGCUACAAUAAUAUUUCCACCACAGAAUCCACCGGGUUCCAGAAAACUAAUGGCGUUCGAGAUGGUAGUCUGGCCGGAUUAUGAUGGUUUUAGUUAUGAUCGGAAUGAGGUCAUUCCUCCCGGUAUGUAG